UGUGCAAUGCGUCACCACGAAUACAAGAUAUAUAUAGUUAAUAUAGUUAGCUUAACCUUGAAACCAGAAACUUUUUGGCAAAAGGAUCUGAUCAAUGAGCCAGAGUAUGACGAAUCUAUUUAUUUAAAUUUUAUUAUUUAAUAUCGAAAUGUGAAGCGUAGGAUCUUCCUUUAAACUAACGUCUGCGUUGUUAUAAUUGCAAUAAUGCUGCUGACAAUCAGAACACCUGUUGUGUACGGGCUACUUUUAUCAAUAUCGUUAAUAAUAUUUUUGUUAUACAUUGUCGGAGCAGCACAUUAUCUUACGGAUCACGAUGAGAAUACAUGUGAUAUGACAUAUAUGUUUGAAUAUCCUCAAUAUGUGAGGAUAGGAUUGAGUAGCAAUGAUGAUGAUAUACCUCAAGAUUAUUUAUACCCAAGAUUUGGAUUGUAUGCUUAUGGAGAAGGAUUUGUCACUGAACGACUCAGAAAGAUGCAUUUUUCUGGUAUUCCAGUGUUGUUUAUCCCUGGAAAUGCUGGAUCCCAUGAACAAGUUCGAUCACUUGCCUCGAUUAGUUUAAGAAAGAGUUUGAAAAGUCGUACUAUGUUUCAUUUUGAUUACUUUACAAUAUCUUUUGGCAAAGAUUACUCGGCUUUGUAUGGAGGUGUAUUAAAGGAAGAGACUGAUUAUGUUGCCAAAUGUUUACAACGAAUCUUUUCUUUGUAUCAAGGGAAGGUUAAAAAUAUUGUAUUGAUUGGUCAUUCAAUGGGUGGAUUAAUAGCUAAAGGAGCUCUGUUGAUGACACCUGAAAUCAACAGCAACAUAGCUAGCAUUUUAAUUACUUUAGCAACACCACACAAACCUUCUAUUUACCCAGACCGAACAUUUUUAAAUUACUACCACAAAUUGGCAUUAUCUAAUGAGUAUUUAAAAAAUAAUGGUACCACUGUGAUUUCAAUUGGUGGAGGUUCAAGAGAUAUAAUGGUUCCAUCGUCUCAAUCUAUUGAUGAACAUGCUGACUUAAAUGUCCUUGCAACAAAUAUUCCUGGUGUAUGGAGAUCAACUGACCAUUUGUGUAUUUUGUGGUGUAAACAAUUAAUUAUAAAAAUUAUACGAUCACUAUUUGAUUGUGUGGAUAUUACUCAAAGACCACCAGGCAUCUUCAAUAGCCAUGAGCACAGAAUGAAAGCUUUCAAUUGGCAUUUAGUUCAAAGAUACAGUAAAGAAAAGCAUUUAUCACGCGUUUCUUAUUCGGAAAAAUAUGAUUUUCCCAGGGAAAAAAGCGAAUGGAUUGAAUAUUUAAGGAGACAAUACAGUUGGAGUAGUAAAAAUUAUACUCGAAAUAAUCCGAAAAAACCUGUUACAGUAUACCUCAUGGUCAGAGUUCAAGAAUAUAUUGACACUCUUACUGUUGAUGCCAUACACUUAAAAAAUCGAGAUUGGAUUUUUGCUUGUAUGGCCUCUGAAAUUCGUGGACAGUCUAGAGUUUGUUCAACAGGCUGGAAUAUGUCUAAUCGUACAAGAAUAGUGCCAGGCUUAAUGAGAAAACCUUGGAAAUACUCGAUAGAUUUGGAUUUGAGUGAGAUUCGUAAUUUGAAGGUAUCUCACAUAGUCAUAAGAAUUCCUGCCGAAACAAUGAAUCGUUUCAAAGAUAAUGACGACGAUGAUGAUGAGGAUGAAGAUGAGGAGGACGAUGACGAUCAAAUCAUUCAUAUAGACGCACACGCGCGUGCAGAAAGAUACAAACGAUUUACGAACAUGAAGCCUUGGACGUCCGAAAGAGGCUAUCUUCGUUAUCAUGUUGCUUUAGAGAGUAUUACGGACGUCGUAUCAGUGGAAUUAAAAAGUUCGAACUGCGUCGGAGACAGCCGUAACCAUUUUUCCAUGGUUGAAUUGUUAGAACCAUGGGUUCCUGGAUCGGGUCAAGUUCAUUUUUUUGCCGAAAACGAAACAAUUUCAAAAUCACUCAAACUGCAAACUGUACAUUCUCAACGACUGCGCAUGAUGAAAUCUCAGAGUGCCGAAUUGAGAUUAACUUUAGACCCUGCUUGUACAUAUAGUAUUAACGUGAAAAGAGGUGACUUUAUUGAAAGAAUGGCUUGUUUAGUAAGAGAUCGAUGGAGCUCGAUUUAUCCAAUUACCGUCGGUUUAUUGUUAUUGAGUAUUGGUCAAAGAAUUGAAGCUCAAGAAGAGGAUAGAACAAGCACUACUGCCAUAGUUAUUAUAACUGGUAUUCUCUGCGUGAGUUUGAAUUUAGUCAUUGAAUGCUGUGUUGGAGUAGCUAUCCUACAUUUUAUGGCCAUUGGAAUUUGUUGUAGUGUUGUAUUUUUUGGAUCAGUGGCUCACAAUAUUGCUGUCAGAUUUUUGGCUAGAGCAGUUACUUUUUCAACCACUUGGUCAGACUGGGUACUGGGUGGUUUAGUCAAUCAGUUGCCAAUUGUAGCUGCUGGAUUUUUAUUAUCAAUGAUACCAGCCACCUGUGGAGCCUUAGCAACAUUGCUAUCUGUUUUUAUACACUUUUUAAGACUGACCAGUAUGUACGAAGAUUAUUUAGAAGAGUUAUUGUUAGCUUCAAUGAGGCACUUUAAUUUAUUAAGAAGGAAAGAUCGAGGCAGCGAUGAUAGCGAGUCGAUAAGGGCAAAUAUAUUGAAUCAAAUUUUAUUGUUUUUAUUCUCAUGUUUUGUUGCUAUACCUGCAAUACCUACAGCAUUAGUAUGGGCUAAAAAUUUCAGUUACAAUACGAGAUUAAUGACAGAAGAUCAAGUAUUUUUGUACAGUUGGAUUGUUCUAGUCGGUUGUGGAACGUCUGGCCUGGUGAAGAUUCCAGCCAAGCCUUCUAAUUCUUAUAGAACUAAAUUAUUAGCAACAUUACUUCGUUGUUUAGGUUGGAUUGCUCUUGCAACUGCAAACGGGGCUCAUUAUUAUUGGUGUUUCCCGCCGAGUCUUGCUGUUGUAGUAGUAUUAAUUGCUAUAAAUGCUCAUCAUUCAUAAAGUUUCUUUUAGAUUUUUCAGACGAGUGUACAGUGUUAUUUUUAAAAAAUUAUCAUUUUUAAAGUAUUUGUGAUUAGUGAUAUGUAGAAAAAAAAUUGUAUUCAUUUAUUUUAGUGAAUAUAGCAAUGGUAAGAAUCGUUACUUUUAGAAAAUUUAUGAUGUGAUUGUUAGAAAUUUUUCAUAACAAGUCCAUUUUUAUUGCAUCAUUAGAAAAAAAACCAUUAUAAAACUAUCAAUUUACGUAAUGAUUAUUGUAAUUGUCAGUGUGUAUACGACACGAUAACAUGAAAUUAUUUUAUAAUUAUAUACUUUUAUGCAUAAAUAAAAAUAAACUUAAUCUUAUAAUACAUAAUUUCGCGCAUUUUAUUGACUAUCUCCAAGUAAAACAUUCGAUUGAAUGAACUAUUCUAUAAUUCAUUCAAUCCUAAGUAAAGUAAGUAAAUGUAACAAAAC